GGACGCAUUUUGAUAAUCUUUAAAACGUAAAAUUCACGAUUUCUUCGCCAUUCGAAAUGGAGCGGAAUCGCACAGUUUGCUACACUAGAUUUUUUCUACCUAGACGCGAGAUAUCUAGACGAUAUUUAUCUACACGGACGGGGGACAAUCUUUUUCUUUUUUUAAUUUCCAAGAUUGUGUCGCGAUAACAAAGAUAUUUGCGUCUUGCCAGCUCGCUUGACAGACGCGAUAACGACGUCCGUAAUCGUAGAGAAUAUUUACGAAGAGCGCUCAGUCUUUUAUUCGUUGCGCUGUAACAGUCGAAGUUGUGCAGCCGCUCGCGCUGAAACGGUCAUCGUUAAAUAGCGCGUUCGCGCUACGUUUGAGAGACAUUUUCCCGCGAUUUCCACCGGGGGGUUAUCGAUCCACCUCGACCUCGUGACAAUUAUUAUUAUUAUUAUUAAUGUCGUGCGCUACCGAUGCGCAUACAUCAGUAGUAUCGUGACUGCAAUUCACGCAAAGAAUUCGCCGAGCGCGGCCGACGCCAACAGCGACGUUAUUAAUUUCGCGGUCGCGAAAUCAACCCCGUGCGGUGUCGCGAACGCGUUUCUCGCGGAGAAUAUCGCGGAGGCACGCGAUAGAGAACGGAACGAAGGAGUCGCUCGAGAAACACUGACACAAUUUCGAAAAGAGACGGCCGUGAAAAUCGACAAGAGAGAGAGAUGCGCGUAGCGGUUGUCGGCGCCGGUGUAAUAGGAGUAACGAGCGCGCUCGCGGUGAAAAGCGCUUUUCCGAGCUAUAACGUGAAGAUCUUCGCCGACGCGUUUUCACCUGACACCACCGGCGAUGGGAGCGCCGGUCUGUGGAGUCCUUUUCUUCUCUGUGACACGCCUGCCGAGGAUAUAUACCGAUGGGCCGGCUGCACUCAUCGUUGGUUCGAGCAAUUAUGGAAGGACGGAUUAUCGUUGGAUAACGGUGUCUGUCUAAUGCCAGUGACUCGCGUUCUAAGCGACCAGGAAUAUGAUACCGAUCAGGUAUGGGCCAAACACGCCUACGGCGCCCAGAAACUCAGUGGCGAGCAAUUACGUCGUCUGAACGAGGAGCACAAAUCUAAUUACAAGACAGGUUGGCAUUUUCUAACGUACACUGCCGAGCCGGUUCUGCUGUUACCGUGGCUCAUGAAAAAGUUCAGUAUUCUCGGCGGAAAGACGGAGAGUAAGAACGUGAAAGCGUUGCACGAGUUGGCCGAGAAAGGGUACGAUUUGAUAAUAAAUUGCAGCGGGCUCGGUGCACGAGAACUCGUUGCGGAUAAAACGGUGACACCUAUCAGAGGUCAGGUAUACAAGGUAAAGGCACCUUGGACGAAGCACUGUUUACUGGUGGACGACGACGAGACCUAUUAUAUUAUACCUAACGUCGAGGACGUCGUGCUGGGGGGCACGCAUCAAGAAAACGACUACGAUUGCACCGUUCGUGAAGAGGACUCGGAGCGCAUUCACGCUGGAUGCUGCCGCGUGAUGCCGUCUUUAAAGGCGGCUCAGAUAAGUCGCGCGUGGGUGGGCCUUCGACCAGGACGACCGCGUGUUCGUCUGGAAUGCGAAAACCUCCGUGCGCCCACGGGAAAGGAGUUCAAGGUGAUACACAAUUACGGCCACGGUGGAAGUGGCGUGACGCUAUGCUGGGGGUGUGCCGUGGACGUCGUGGAAAUGAUAAGGAACUUGAAAGUACCCGAAUUAAACUCCAAACUAAGCGAAGGUGCGACAGACGACGAAAGUGUCAGCGAGUCCGAUACCAGUUUCGCGGAGCGAUCCCGUGAAUCCGCAUUUCCAAAUUGGAAUUCUAUCGUUCCCGACGACUCCUCUCACAUCUCAUCGCGCAUAAACGACAGGAUAGGUGUGAUCAAGCAUGAUCCCGAAAAUUGUAAAUGGAAGGUUACAAUGGACAAAAGCGAAAACACAGAGCCGUUGUAUGAGGAGAGCAACACGAAGCGGUGUAAGGGCGACACGGUGGAAACUUUGCGGAUGACGAAGAAGAGGAAGCGCAGAUUCUUGACCAUCUGCACGAGCAGCUGCAAAUAUGACGUGGUUAGACGUGUGGCCGCGCAGUUCGGGAUGAAGGAGGUCACAGAGGACAGCAGCUGGGACCUCUAUUGGACCGAUUUGAGUAUCAGCAUAGAGCGCACCAAGGAUAUGAAGAGGUUCCAGAGAGUCAAUCAUUUCCCCGGCAUGACGGAGAUAUGUAGGAAGGAUCUGCUCGCUCGUAACCUCAAUCGCAUGCUCAAACUGUUCCCGCGGGACUAUAACUUCUUUCCGAAGACCUGGUGCUUCCCUGCGGAUUACGGUGACGCGAUGACUUAUGCUAAGUCGCGUAGAUCAAGAACUUUCAUCAUCAAACCGGACACAGGCUGCCAAGGACGAGGUAUCUACCUAACGAGGCACCUGAAGGAUAUCAAACCCAGCGAGCGCUUGAUCUGUCAAAUAUACAUCGCACGGCCCUUCUUAAUAGACGGAUACAAAUUUGAUCUACGUAUUUACGCACUAAUCACGUCAUGUGAUCCUCUCAGGAUCUACGUUUACAACGAAGGACUCGCCAGAUUCGCGACGAGCAAAUACAAAGAACCGACCGGUCACAAUACCACCAAUAUGUUCAUGCACCUGACGAAUUACGCUAUCAACAAGCAUAGCCGAAUGUACAUCAUCGACGACCAGAUCGGCAGUAAAAGGAAGAUUUCGGUGUUAAACAAGUGGCUGAGAACGCAAGACGUCGACGUGGAUGAAUUAUGGGGCAAGAUCGAUGAGAUCAUAAUUAAAACCGCGCUCGCUGCGUAUCCCGUGUUAAAGCACAGUUAUCACGCGUGCUUCCCUACGCAUGACAAGACGUCCGCGUGCUUCGAACUUCUAGGAUUUGACAUUCUGAUCGAUUGGAAGCUCAAGCCUUACCUUCUUGAGGUGAAUCACUCACCAAGCUUUCAUACAGACGCUCAACUAGAUAAGGAUGUGAAAGAGGGGCUGCUGAUGGACACUUUUGAUAUAUUAAAUCUGCAACAAUAUGAUAAGAAGAAGAUAAUAGAGGAGGACAGGAAGCGAAUUAGGGAGCGACUUCUUCAGGGUAUAAAUGGUCAGACUAACGACACGACAGCUCCAACGAAGGCUGAAAAGAAUGAGAACGAUUACAUACAGCGACAGUUUAAGUGGGAGGACGAGCACACGGGUAAUUUUCGAAGAAUCUUUCCGUGCCCCGGCGAGGAUAAGUACCGACACUUCUUCACGCAAAAUGCGCUUUCCGUUUUCCAAGAUACGGUGGCGUCGAGAGCGCGAGAAGAAGCAUCGAGGAUGCAGAGGGAAGAGAACGAAUUAAAAGUACGGGAGGAAGAGCGCAAAAAGAUAUCUGGGAAAUGGAGCGAGCAUAAAAUAGGUCCGGAAAGUCCGAAUGCGCCGAAGAAAUUACAUUCCACGUUUAUACGACAGGAGAAGAGCACGUCCGCAGGCGUGUUUAACAAAAAUAUCAAUAAGCAGGACACGCAAGGGGCUCCUACCGGCAGCAGUAGCAGUAGCAGCACCCUGUACUCCUUCGAGCCCGAAAUCAUAUCGGAGUCUGAGGAGAGGGAGCGAAUCACGGCAUUGGCGCAAAGGGAUUUUCUCAUCAAGAGCUACGGCAUGCUCGAGCAGAUAUACACGGCGAUGAAGAGGAACGGCACGUUACGACCUGCCGACGAGAGGAAGUACGGCCUGUAUGGCAGGCUGGGACACGCGAGCCAGAGCGCGUGUAUCUUCCCCUCGCGCGGAUUCCAUCAUCGCCGAAAUGGCCAUCUGGACGGCACGCAAAUAGCCGCGGUUCAAUGCCAGCAAUGUUCUCUCCGAGAAAACGACCACGGCAAACUGGUGAGACACGUAUACGAGGACAAGUCAGACAGAAGUGAGCAUCGGCGUCUCGAGAAUUAUAAUUGAUAUGAUCGAAGUUUUGCUUUUUCUUCUUUCGACGAUUUGCGUUCGAAGUGGGCAGGCAGAUCUGAACUUGUAAAAAGUGGUUAAAAUUAUACUCGCUACAGACAAUAAUUAAUUGAAUACUAAUACGAAUCCUUUUGUAAGUUAUUUAUGCUGCGUAUUGACGAUAAAAAUACAAGGUAUCCGGAAAGUUUUGAUAAAACGAUUCUGUGCAGGUGAAAUGGUUUAAACUGAAUGGGAAAGUUAUGUACAUGAAAAUUAUAUAUUUUGCAAGAUUCACAAUAGUUAGUGAGUAAUUAAUUAAUCUGUCUGAACGAAUGAGCGCACAGAAAGCGAUAGGCUACUAGCCUAGCUUACAUUAAGCAUGUAAAAUGGCAAGAAAAAUCGUUUAUUUAGCAUUCCCUAACAACGGUAAAUGAUAACUGAUUUCGAAUGAUGGAAUAACGCAACUUAUCUCACAUCGCUCGCUGCUUGCUGCGUUACUUUCGAAGUCAGUUGUUGCUUAUCUUUGCUACGAGAUCCUAAGAAGUAAAUUAUUUUUUUUACAUAUUCGAAGUCAGCUUUCUUUGUAUGUUACGGAGUUCGACUUAUCGCUUCUUGUGCGCUUAUUCGCUUAGAUUAAUUAAUUACUUAUUAAUUAUUAUGAAUUUUGCAAAAUGGUACAAAACUUUCCUACUCGAUUUAAUCUAUUCUAUCUGUACACGACUGCUUCGUUAAAAGUUUCCGCACACUGUGUAUAUUUGAGAAAUUGAGAAAUAUUAACAUAUGGAGCUGCUGCAAUCCGAUUCGUCCUGCGCUGUACAUUGUGGUUUCAUAAACAUAACUCAAAAACGAACAAGAUUAUAUAACCAAAAUAUACCAGCUUGCGGAUCUUGAUGAUGUUCUUAAUCUCGCAAAUUUUACCAAGGCGAGUCAACACCUCCAUAUUUUUAAUUUUAUCCACCUAACUGAUUCGGAGCAUAUGAUGGUAAAUUCCUCAUUUCGAAAGUCUUUUCAUGUGAAGCUCCGUCAGCGUCCAGCUUUCAACACUAUACAAUAGUAUCGAAAAGACAUAGCCCCUCACCAGCCGAAUUCUCAGCUUCGUACUAAUGUAAUUCCUACAUAAAACUUUCUUCAUGUUGUGAAAGGCCGCUCUUGCUCUUUCAAUUCUUAUUUUGAUUGAGGUCAUAUCCCACUUUUCGUUUAGAUACAACCCAGAUAAGAUAAUCGGAGAGAUUAUCUGGAGUGGAGAACUCUUUACAAUACUUUACCAUAUACCGUUAUGAGCAGAAGAUUUGCGGUGUUUUAUUGAUGACCAUGACUUUAGUCUUUGCUGUAUUCAACUUUAACUCAUAUUCAUUAUACGCCUUUGUUACUUUCUUAAUGAGGCAUUGAAGUUCCCCUGGGGUAAUGCAAUCAAUACAGUCAUCCGCGUAUCUUAAGUUAUUCACAGGCAUUUCAUUUACCUUCACUCCAACAGGCAAGUCACUCAGCGCUUUCUCAAAGAUGGUUUCUGAGUAAAUAUUAAAAAGGAGCGAUGACUAUAUACUCCUAUAUAUACUCAAUAUAUACCCCUGUCUUACGCCUCUCUUAAUUUCAAUAUCUUCUGAGCGACUUUGGCCUAAUCUCACGUUUGCACUCUGAUUCCAAUAUAAGUUCUUUAUGAUACGAAGAUCUUUAUCGUUUAUCUUGUUCUUAAGAAUUUCUAUCAGCUUAUCAUGUUGGAUCCUGUCAAAUGUCUUCUCAAAAUCUAUGAAACAUAAAUAUAUUUUCAUGAUUUCAUGGUUAACACCCCGGCAACGUUGUACUAACACCUGCAUGCUGAAUAAAAUCUCUUUGAUUCCUAAGUUGUUCCGGAAUUCGAAUUGGGUUUGGCUUAUAUGUUCCUCUAAUUUGUUGUAUAUUCUGGAGUAAAUGAUGCGAAGAAAUAUCUUAAGGACAUGACUCAUCACACUUAUUAUUGUUCUAUAUUAGGAACAUUCCUUAGCGUUAACCUUCUUAGGUAGCGCCAUAAACGUUGACAAUAACCAAUCGAAAGGUAUCAUCUCCGGUAUUAUAUCUGCCUCGUAUAUCUCAUUAAAUAAACGCCACAAGCGCCUCUUUCCCUCUACGUCAAGGAGCUUCAGAAUUUCGGUUGGGAUUUUAUCUAGUCUCACUGCUUUCCUUGUCUUGGCUGUUUUUAUAGCACGUUCUAUUUCUUUCAUCGUUAUUGACGGGCCAUUCUGUACUCUCUCUAAUCCUACAUCUAUUCUGGAGUCAUUAAAUAGGUCUUCUAUAUAUUCUUUCCAUCUCUCCAACUUUUUACAAUCUUCGAAAAUAAACCUCUCUUCCUUAUCUACCAGAUUAGUUGU